CCUUCUAAAAGUCUAAAACAACUAAACUAUCUAUGGGCGUUGUUAAUAUAACAAUGCAUGUGGUUGUGGUAGUAUACAUAUUAAUCAAAUCACUCAUCUUCUUAUAUUAAUCCUUUAAAAUCUUCAUGUAGAUUUCUUUUCAUUAUUUUUAUCCAUUAACCAAAGUUUCUUUAUUUCCUUCCUCGUUGUCUUCUUCGAACAUUACUUUAAUCCCUCCAAACUUGCUUAGUCCGUAACUCAAAGCUAGAUCCAAACUUUAGCUCUCUCUCUCUCUCUCAUAUUAUCUCGCCUCUAUUUCUAAGCUCAUUGAGAAGGCUCAACAUUUCCAGAAAACAAAAACAAUAACAUUGCAAAAUGGGUAUGUUAACAGAGUCAAAGUUCCAUGUAUUGGCUGUUGAUGAUAGUCUCUUUGAUCGUAAAAUGAUAGAGAGAUUGCUGCAAAAGUCUUCUUGUCAAGUAACUACAGUUGAUUCAGGCUCCAAAGCUCUAGAGUUUCUGGGUUUGAAAGAAACUAACGGCCCAAAUGCACUCGAAACCCAUCAGGAAGUUGAAAUCAAUCUCAUAAUCACAGAUUACUGUAUGCCUGGUAUGACUGGUUAUGAUCUGCUCAAGAAAGUUAAGGAAUCAGCAGCAUUUAGAAGCAUUCCUGUAGUAAUAAUGUCAUCAGAGAAUGUUCCUGCUAGAAUCUCCAGAUGUUUGGAAGAAGGAGCUGAAGAGUUUUUCUUGAAACCAGUAAAAUUGGCUGAUGUUACCAAGUUGAAACCUCAUAUGAUGAAAACCAAGUUGAAGAAAGAAGUUGAGAAACCAUCAGAAGAAGAGCAUGUAGCUUUGCAAAAACCGGAAGAAUCAUUGGUGGUUGAAAUCUUGCCUCUGAAUCAAGAACUUGAGUCUGAACAACAAGAACCAAUGUUGAGUAGUGGUAAUAAGAGAAAAGCAUUAGAAGAAGUGAUAUCUACUGAACGAACACGUCCUAAAUACAAUGAUAUCAAAAGCUUGGUCUGACCCGUUCGGUGUCCACAAAACUUUGGUUCAGAGUUUCUUUCCAUAGAUUCUUUGUAGGAAGGCUUCUUCUGGUAAAUACAGAGAGAAUGAAGAUGGGAGAUAUAUGUAGAUGAUGAUGAUAAUGGUAACAGUUGUUACUUAUUAUCAUUGUAUGAAAACAUCAGCGAAUUCUCAGUUUUGAUACGUGUUAGUUUUUCUGGUAUAAAACAAUCUCAAGAGUAAAUAAAUCUAUUUGUUUAUCCAAGUUUUGUUUGAGUUCUUGUUUGUUUUCGAGAAAAAGAAAAGCUCUAUAAGACAAUAAGGUGAUG